UUUCGAAAAGAAGGCUUGUUAUCGUUUUCGAUGAUAAUGGGAAGGGGAACUGGCAAUUUUAAUGGAGUACACGAUUGAAAUAGAACAUUUUUAGUUGUAUAUGCCUAGUGGCUGUAACAGCAAGCAUUUAGGGCAUCCUCGCGGAGGAAUUUCAUUCGCCUACAGCGUAUUGGUUGAGGAUCCCGAAAAAGGAUUGUUUAUUUUAGUGAGACGUUUAUCCGACAAUAUCACGCGGGAGAUCCCACAAAAAGUAGGCCACGUGGCAGCUGGGUUAGGUUUUCUGUUAACGUCAGAGGAAGGUAAAACAGCUUGAGUGCAUCGCCUCAUAUCCCAGCUGUUUAUGGAAUCGAAACGCAAUUUUAAUCCGUUUAAUUGCGCGUCGGAGUUGCCGCGCCAUUUUGAAUUUUUUUUCUGGAACGAUUGCUACUGCUGUUGCUGUUAAGCGGAGCGAUGGGGUCUUCGUCGACAGGGAAGGAUGGCGCGGCGUCGGCCCUGCAGCUGGGAAUGGCAGCGGCGCUCGGGGCUGCCCUCAUGGCCGCAUCCGCUUUUUACCUUCACAAACGCAGCGUCGACCGCUUGCUCCAGCAGGCCCUUGAAGGAACCCUUGGUGGCCAAGAAGAGGAGGACGAAGAAGAAGAGCACCUUACGCCCAGGCAGCGGCGCAAACAACGCAGUAACAGUAACACUAAAAGGAGGUCUUCGGGGAAGACGGAAUACAGGAGCUCGAUCUCAAUGCCUGACGUGACCGCCGCUGGAUGGUCCUCUGGGGGCUUCGAUAAGACUGCCUCCUUCGGCAGCCUCACUACCAUUCCUCCUGGUCUCCCCAGGCUCCAAACUCACCGUGAAGGAAGCAGUCAAUCUCUCAAUCAUCCAGGUUCGAGAAAGAGAGCAGUGGCACCAGUGAUUAGACCAACUACCCCUAAAUCUCCUGUUGCAAGUGCUUUUGAAAGUGUUGAGGAUUCUGAUGAGGAGGAUGAUCUUCUAGUUAACCAAGAAGAUCAUCAUUUUAAUUAUGACAAUGCUAAUGAUGAUCUUCUAGGCACAGUUGAAACAAGUGGAAAUCAUACAUCAUCAGCCCUUGUUACUCCAGAUCUUAUGAAUUCUGAUGUAGAUCAGAACCAUAAGUCUGGAACAAUUAUGAUGAGAUCACAUAGCAUAUCUGGGGACUUUGCGAUGCAUGCACCUGAUCCCGUGGUUGCAGAUAUUCUAAGGAGAGAACCAGAACAAGACACACUUGUACGGUUGAAAGUCACUCCUAUCGACACAGCAACUUGUGAGGAGGAGGAGGUAUGUCUGAUGAUGCAAGAGUGUCUUGAUCUACGAGAGAAGUACGUCUUUAGAGAAAAUGUUGCUCCAUGGGAUAAGGAGAUCAUAACAGAUCCUUGUACACCAAAGCGAAAUCCUAAUCCAUUUCAUUACGAGCACGAGCCAGCAAGUGAACAUCAUUUUGUUAUGGAAGACGGUGUGGUACAUGUUUAUGCAAAUAAAGAUGCAAAGGAAGAACUUUUCCCAGUUGCUGAUUCAACAACAUUCUUCACUGAUUUGCAUCGGAUCCUUAGAAUCAUAGCCUUAGGAAAUGUUAGAACAAUGUGCCAUCAUCGAUUACGCCUUCUAGAACAGAAAUUUAGUCUUCAUUUGAUGCUUAAUGCAGACAGAGAGUUUAUGGCUCAAAAGAGUGCACCCCAUCGUGACUUUUACAAUGUUAGAAAAGUUGAUACCCAUGUUCAUCACUCGGCAUGUAUGAACCAGAAGCAUCUGUUACGUUUUAUCAAAUCUAAGCUGAGGAAAGAACCUGAUGAGGUGGUUAUUUUUCGUGAUGGAAAAUAUCUUACUUUAAAGGAGGUCUUUGAGAGCUUAGACUUGACAGGGUAUGAUCUUAAUGUUGAUCUCCUGGAUGUACAUGCAGACAAGAAUACUUUUCAUCGAUUUGAUAAGUUUAAUUUGAAAUACAACCCUUGUGGGCAAAGUAGACUCAGAGAAAUUUUCUUAAAGCAAGAUAAUCUCAUUCAAGGUCGCUUUCUUGCCGAGCUAACAAAGCAAGUAUUGUUUGAUCUUGUGGCAAGUAAAUACCAGAUGGCAGAAUAUAGGAUAUCAGUUUAUGGAAGGAAACAGAGUGAGUGGGACCAGCUGGCAAGCUGGUUUGUGAACAAUGAUAUAUAUAGUGAAAAUGCUAUUUGGUUAAUUCAGUUACCUCGAUUAUACAACGUAUACAAAGGAAUGGGAAUCGUUACAUCUUUCCAGAAUAUGUUGGAUAACAUUUUUAUUCCUCUUUUUGAGGUUACAGUUGACCCUAGUUCUCAUCCUCAACUACAUGUCUUUUUGAAACAGGUAGUUGGCUUUGAUAUGGUUGAUGAUGAAAGCAAACCUGAAAGGCGACCAACGAAGCACAUGCCGACACCUGCUCAAUGGACAAAUGCAUUUAAUCCUGCCUUUUCAUAUUAUGCUUACUAUUGUUAUGCAAAUUUGUACACACUAAACAAGCUUCGCGAAUCUAAGGGAAUGACAACAAUUAGAUUUCGUCCCCACUGUGGCGAGGCUGGUGAUAUUGAUCACUUGGCUGCAACAUUCCUGGUGUCUCAUAAUAUUGCCCAUGGAAAUAAUCUUAGGAAGUCACCUGGUUUGCAGUAUUUAUAUUAUCUUGCUCAGAUUGGUUUAGCCAUGUCUCCCUUAAGCAAUAACUCGCUGUUUCUGGAUUACCAUCGAAACCCUUUCCCCAUGUUUUUUGCUCGUGGUCUCAAUGUAUCACUUUCAACAGAUGACCCGUUACAAAUUCAUUUAACAAAAGAGCCUCUUGUAGAGGAAUACAGUGUUGCAGCUCAGGUAUGGAAGCUUAGUGCUUGCGAUCUUUGUGAAAUAGCUCGUAAUUCUGUCUACCAGUCUGGAUUCUCUCAUGCUUGCAAGUCCCAUUGGGUAGGAAGCUCGUAUUUCUUAAGAGGGCCUGAAGGCAAUGACAUACAUAGGACAAAUGUACCUCAUUUGCGAGUUGAAUUUCGCCAUGAGGUUUGGAAAGAGGAGAUGCAAUUUGUAUACCUUGGACAAGCCAAAACUCCUAGAGAAAUUUAUCCAUAAAUUUACAUCGUAAUUGGAGUCAACAUACCUUUCCCAAGCAUCCAAGCUAACUAAAGAGCCCACUGACAAAGUACCAUGAUAAAGGUAUUCAUAUGCUGGGGUAUGGGGAUGUCACAUACAAACUUCUUGGACUUUGAUGCCAGCAUAUGUAAUGUGAGAUGCAUAUCCCUGUGGGUCAGUUAUCAAUAAGUGAUCAAUUUCUUCAAAAAAGAGGUGGAGAGGUUGUCACUCCUACAUUUGUCCUUGAUAAACUGCAGUAGACAUUUUCUUUCAGGCUUGUUUAUGCCAUUUUGUUGAUUUCCAGAUUUGAUUCAAGCAACUUCAAAUUCGCAAUCCUUGCAAAGGAUUUUGCAAUUUUUCAGGAAGUAGUUACUUUCAUUGUACAGACUUACAGGUGUAUCGUGAGAAUAGAUAAUGUAAGGUACCAAAAAGUCUCCAUUGGUUUAUUAUGCAACUUUUGCAUACACACUCUCACAAAAUCAACUGGUAAAUAAUGGUCAUACGGAGCCUAGGCUGCAAACCAUCUCCAGAGAAAUACUUCAAACCAACACUGAAAUAGUCAUCUAAAGGUGCUCACGAUUCUAAUUCGCCAGUUAACUUAAAAGAAAAUGCUUCCAAAGUUCAGGACAGGUGCCGAUUUUGGAAUCUUGAUCAAUAGUCUAAUUCUAUUUCUGUCUAUUUGGCCACAUGUUAAAAGUUUUGCAAAUAAAGCUACUAGACUUUGGUGCUGCCAUAUGCAUCAGCA